GUAGCAUUUAGUUGGUAACACUAAAAUGUCUGUUGAAGCUUCUAAAUUCCUCUUCACCAAGAGUUACAGCUUCAACCAGCCAUGGCUUCCGAGCAAUCUCCAUCAUCAAGAGAGACCUAGACCUAGACCUGCGGGGACAAUUUCUUGCGUUUCGACUCAGUCGAAGAGCAAGAGAAAAUUGACGACAACGGCGAAGAGAGACGAUUCGGAGGCUCUGGACCUGGUUCGUCUGCUCAUGAGAAGCUUCAACAGCGAUAAGGAGCCGUUGGUGAAGACGCUUAACAAGUAUGUCAAGACUGUGAGAACAGAGCACUGUUUUCUUCUCUUCGAAGAGCUUGGGAGGAGCGAUAAAUGGCUUCAAUGCCUCGAGGUCUUCAGAUGGAUGCAGAAACAGCGUUGGUAUAUAGCCGAUAAUGGCGUCUAUUCGAAAUUGAUCUCAGUAAUGGGAAAGAAAGGUCAAACCAGAAUGGCCAUGUGGCUCUUCUCCGAGAUGCGAAAUAGCAGCUGCCGACCAGAUACUUCUGUCUACAAUGCGCUAAUAACUGCCCACCUUCACUCCAGUGACAAAGUGAAGGCUUUGGACAAAGCUAUUGGCUACUUUGAGAAGAUGAAGGGAAUCGAGCGGUGUAAACCCAACAUUGUGACCUACAACAUUCUCUUAAGAGCUUUUGCUCAAGCCCGAAAUGUGCAGCGAGUUAAUUCUCUGUUCAAAGAUCUUGAUGGGAGCAUUGUUUCUCCUGAUAUCUACACCUACAAUGGCGUGAUGGAUGCGUAUGGGAAAAAUGGGAUGAUUAGAGAAAUGGAGUCUGUGCUUUCUUUGAUGAAGAGCAAUCAUAUCAAACCCGAUAUCAUCACCUUUAACUUGUUGAUUGAUUCCUAUGGGAAGAAGCAGGAGUUUGAUAAAAUGGAACAAGUGUUUAAGAGCUUACUACGAUCCAAGGAGAGACCAACAUUGCCUACAUUCAAUUCAAUGAUCAUAAAUUACGGGAAAGCACGGCGAUUGGACAAAGCAGAAAAUGUGUUUGAAAAGAUGACCGACAUGGGAUACACACCGAGCUUCAUCACAUACGAGAGUCUUAUAAUGAUGUAUGGAUAUUGUGACUGUGUUUCCAGGGCUCAGGAUAUAUUUAACAGGUUGGUUGAAUCUGGGAAGGAUAUAAAGGUUUCGACAUUAAAUGCAAUGCUUGAUGUUUAUUGCAUGAAUGGCUUGCCAAUGGAAGCCCAUAAGCUCUUUGAGGAUUCAAAGAAUAUAGGAGUGGUUCCAAAUUCAUCUACAUACAAACUUCUCUACAAAGCCUACACUAAAGCCAACAUGAAGGAGCUUUUGGGGAACCUAUUGAGGCAUAUGGAAAAGGAUGGUAUUGUCCCUAAUAAGAGGUUCUUCCUUGAGGCCUUGGGAGCAUUUUGCUCUUCAAAUGCGAGUCCUGUUUCUAUGAGUGCCACAGCUGCAUCGAGCAGGCCAGAGAAUAGUGUAAAAACUUAGAGAUGAAUAAUAACUUGGUUUGUUCAUUUUUCAGAUCAUUCUUUAACUAACCUCAGACUCAGAUGAAAUUCUGCGCUUUAAAGGGAAAUCUUGAGAGGUUUCAUAGAUGCCAAUGAGUAGUUAGUGCCAUCCAAUAAUGUGGUACAUAUGUCUCUUGCUCUUGACGAUUUCUGCCUUUGUAAUGGCCCUCUUGAUCAUGUAAUUUUUGUUGACCUAUUUAAUCAUCAAUGUCAUAUAUGCCUCGGAUUAUGUCCAUUUUCUUCUUCUGGGGCUUCCUUAGGAUUAUUCUUUUUAAUU